AUGGAUGAUGAAGUUAAGGUGAGGAAAGGCUAUGACAUGGUUUCUAGAUGCUGCAUCUGUGGGAAAGCUCAAGACAAUAUGCAUCAUCUUUUAUGGAAAUGUGAUUUCAGUGUAGGAAUUUGGAAGUGGAUUUUCUCAUGUUUCCAAUUUGAUAAGCCUAAAAAUUUUACUGAUGCUUGGAGGAAAGCAAAAAAUAAAAGUCCUCUGAUUCAGCGGAUAAUUGCAAAGUUUAAGUUGGAGGUUAGAAAUUCUAAGUUUCAAAUGAUCAAAGAAUGUUAUUGGCUUCCUCCAGAUCUAAAUUUCACUAUGGUCUUUCGUGAUGGAUCUUCUUUUGGUAACCCUGGAAAUGUUGAUUUUUGGGUGAUUGUCAGGGAUCAUGAUUGUCAGGUGCUAGAUACUCUAACAGGGGGCAUAGGUAUUGCUUCAAACUUUAUUGCAGAGUUAUAUGCUGUCAUUUGUGCUUUAGAAUUGGAAAUUGAAUGGGGGAAACAGAAAGUGAUUAUUGUCUCUGACUCAAAGUCAGUGGUGAAUGUCUUUAAUCAAAAGGAAGUGCCAUGGUUCAUAAGAGGAAGAUGGAAAAAAGUUGUGAGAAAGCUUUCAAUUAUCAAAUAUCUUCAUUGCUACAGGGAAGUAAACUUCUCUGCAGAUGGAAUUGCCAAAAAAGGAGCAUCAUUAGCUGCAGGAGAAAGGCAUAUUUGCAUUGGAAGACCUUCCUCUCUUAUUAGUGUUGAAAUGCCAGAUGUCAAGUACUAUAGAUUUAGCUAA